AUGGGACUUCCUGUCUCUGCGUCCCCUGUGCAAAAUGCCUUAUACAUAAUCCUGGUGAUGCUGGGGAUCCUGGGUAAUGCCACCGUUAUUGUGGUGAUUGGUAAGAGUGUAAUAAUGGACCGUGGUGUGGGACGUACCUCGGACAUCAUUAUCAUUAACAUGACACUGUCGAACCUGCUUGUGUCUCUGAUAAGGAACACGCUGCUUGUCAUAUCAGACACGGGAGUCAAGAUUUACUUAUCCAAAGGGUGGUGUCAGUACUUCAUGGGUGUCUGGGUGUGGCUGCGAUCGGUCAAUGUUUGGUCAACGCUCUUCCUCAGUGUGUUCCACUUCCGGACACUAAGGCGUGUGGCUCCUACUAUUGCGUGCCGGGGCAUUCCUAAGACAUUACUUCUGAGUCUGGCACUCAUCUGGUUUCUCAACUUUAUUUACUCCAUUCCUGCUCAUAUAUUUUCCACUAGUGGGAGCAUUAACAGCACAGAGACCCUGAUGCUGGUGAGCAGCACAACUCGCCCCCUGCUGGGCUGUGUGUGGAAAUUUCCCUCCAGCCUCCAUGGCCUGGCCUAUGCCACCACAUCUAUUAUCAUUAAUGAAGCAAUUCCCAUAAUACUUAUGGUCUUUACCAACCUGGGCUCCUUUUUCACUCUCUACACCUAUGGCAGGACACAGAGUUCGGGAAAGGAUGCACCUUUAAUAAAACGGGUGCCUGCUGAGAGACGAGCAGCAAAGGUGAUUCUCGCUCUCAUAAUGCUCUUCAUUGCAUCCUGGGGAACCAGCAUUAUUUCUGUCAACUAUUUCAACUACAACCGUGGAUCAUCUGUGGAGUUUCUUCUGGUCAUUGCUCGUUUUUCCAACACUACCUUCAUUGCCAUGUCACCUGUUAUUCUGGCAGUUGGCCACCGGCAUCUGCGUGCUUUCAUCAAGUCUUUGCUCUUUGCUCACUGA